AUUUCUGUGUCAGCAGGAAGCCACGUGAUGUUUCUGAUCAACAGUCAAUAGUUAGCCGUCACAAGGGCGAACACCUGGGAGUGUAUGAUGACCGCACGGCGGCGCUGUGCCAAAACGCUGAUCAUCGCUGAAGAUGAAGAGGUGGAGGCAGAUGGACAUAACCCAUUCUCCUUCAGAGAGUUCCUGCGCUGCAAGAACCAGGACCAGGACCAGGAUCAGACACAUCAAAAUAGCUACUUAUUAUCUGAUGACCCUCUGAGCCAGUCAGCACUGCAGGCCAAUCAGGAAGAGGAAGGUAAAAAGUGGGCGUGGAGUUUCCAGUCAGCCACUGCAGAGAGCUCCACCUCUUCUCACUGCACAGAGGAGGAGGAGGAGGAGGAGGCAGGCACCAGGUUUUCCUGCAAACCUGCAGCUGACCACAGAGGAGGAGGAGCUGAGACCUCUGAGGGAAAGGAGACUUUCUCAGAAGAACCAGACGCCUCCUGCAGGAGCGACAACAUACAGCAGCUGAAGGAGGAGAACCUGCUGCUGAGAAAAACCAUCAGAGAACUGUCCAGGAAAACAGAGGCAGACCAACGCAGGGUGGCUCAGCUGACAGAGGAGCUGGUCCAGAGGAGGACUCAGGAGGUGAAGGAGGCACAGGACCUGGAGCGCAUGGUCCAGUCUGUGGAGCAGAACCUGUGCCUGAUGACCAAGCGAGCGCUGAAGGCUGAAAACAGUUUGUCCAAACUGAAGGCGGAGCUGCAGCAGCUACAGGCUCAGGUGGAGGCGUACCGCCUGGAGAACCAAAGUCUGAAGUUGGCAGAGUCUGAGGUCGUCGCAACGAUGAAGGACAAAGCCAAGAUGGCGUCUGAGUGCCUGAGCAAGACAGCAAGCCACGCCCACUCCUCCAUCCAACAGUUGAUGGGCGAAGCAGAGUCUCUCCGCCUGGUCUCUCAACUGCUGCAGUCCAUUGACAAGAUUUCCAACCUUGAUCCACAGUCCUAAACCCAUCCAGAGAACCACUUCCUGGGCCUCAGACCACUUUGAGACCCUGAGAACGGAGACCCUCAGAAGUUCCUGCAGUCCAGGAGAACUCUCCAGAAGUCUCUAAACCCAGCUUUUUGGAGCUUUUGGGGUCUACGAACUGAAGACUUGACUCCCAGUGACUUCUGUUCAUAUGACAAAUUGUCCACGAGCCACAAUGAGCGUGGUGGUCCACCUCAUAGGAUCCAAUCAGGCCAGGCUGUCCUCACCAACAGAGGACAUCUUUACAAAGGAAAGAACUAAAACAAGACGUCUUUGAAUCCAGAGUAAAGUUUGACUUGAAUUCUACUUUCAUGUUGUCCCUCUGGAACCUGCUCUCUGUGCCGGGGAUGGUACCCCAGAGGAUUCUUCUGAACAGGAUUCAGAUUGGAACAGUCCGGCUUCACCCCCAAGAACUCAACCAUAAAACUGAAGGCAAGGACAGACAUCAGCA